UUCAUAUCUUCAUUAACAAAAUGUAGAUUUUUAAGAACUUUGAGUGUUAAUGGAAAUACUUUGAGUGGAAUUCUUCCGGCUUCUGUUGGGAAUCUGUCCAGUUCUUUUCAAUAUCUUUACGCUGUUAAUUGUGAUCUGCGUGGCACCAUUCCAUACGAAAUUGGAAACUUGAGCAAUUUAAUAAGUUUAAGCCUGUUUCAAAAUCACUUGACGGGAUUGAUACCAUCAACUGUGGGAAAUAUGAGAAGUCUUCAAGCAUUAGUUCUUUUCGGCAAUAAGCUAAGUGGAUCUAUUCCAAUGUCCAUUUGUGAGUUAGAGAAACUGUACGGAUUAUUGCUGCAGCAGAAUCAAAUGUCUGGUGCUAUUCCAGACUGUAUAGGGAAUCUUACUACUCUGUAUUAUCUUUAUUUAGAUUCCAACAGAUUCAUCUCUGGCAUACCUGGGAAUCUAUGGCAGCUUAAAGAUCUUCAAGAGCUAAAUCUUUCUUCGAAUUUCUUGAGUGGCUUUAUCCCCCCUGAAAUCGGAAAAUUGAAGGCUGCAAACCUUGUUGAUCUGUCACUGAAUCAGUUCACAGGUGUUAUUCCAAGCACAGUUGGAGGAUUACAGAAGUUGGUUAAUCUUUCUUUGGCAAAUAACAAAUUGCAAGGAUCAAUUCCUGACUCAAUUGGUAAGAUGCUAAACCUGGAGAAUCUUGAUAUAUCCCACAACAAUCUUUCUGGUACAAUACCCACGUCCUUGGAAGCACUUCGAUAUCUUACAUAUUUGAAUGUUUCUUUCAAUCGUUUGAGUGGUGAAAUUCCUUCUGGUGGUCCUUUCAGAAACUUCACGAAUCAAUCUUUCUUGUUCAAUGAAGGUUUAUGUGGUGAUCCAAGAUACAAUGUCCCCCCAUGUCAAACAAUUGCUAAUAACCAAUCAAAGAGAAAAGCAAUGUUUCAAGGUGUUUUUACUGUGUUAGGGACAUUAGCAUUGAUACUUUUUCUAGCUUUGACAUAUGCUUUUGUGAGAUACAGAAGGAAAGAUACUGUCCUAACUGAAACAGACCCUUUGUCUAGCAUAAUACCAUUAAGAGUUUCACAUUAUGAAAUUUUCGAAGCAACUGAUGGUUAUAGUGAGAGUAAUUUGCUUGGUACCGGAAGCUUUGGAUCUGUUUAUAGAGGGACUCUUAGAACGGGAAAACUUGUGGCUGUAAAGGUGUUCAAUUUGCAACUACAAAAUGCAUUCAAGAGUUUCGAUGUAGAAUGUGAAGUUUUUCGCAAUCUUCGCCAUCGAAAUCUGUGUAAAGUCAUAAGCUCUUGCUCCAAUCUAGACUUCAAGGCCUUGGUAAUGGACUACAUGUCAAAUGGAAGCCUUGAGAAGUGGUUAUAUUCACAUAACUACUACUUAGAUAUGAAGCAGAGAAUCAGCAUUAUGAUAGACGUAGCAGCCGCAUUGGAGUAUCUCCACCAUGAUCACUCAACACUGAUAAUACAUUGUGAUUUGAAGCCAAGUAAUGUACUGUUGGAUGACGAUAUUGUUGCCCACUUGAGCGAUUUUGGAAUCGCAAAGUUAUUGCAUCAAGGGGAAUGCAUUGCACACACUAUUACCCUAUCAACGUUGGGUUAUAUUGCACCAGAAUAUGGAUCGAGAGGAUUAGUGUCAACAAGUUGCGAUGUGUACAGCUAUGGGAUCAUGUUGAUGGAAGUUUUUACAAGAAUUAAGCCAAGUGAUGGAACAUUUUCCGGAGAUUUGAGCCUAAGAAGCUGGGUAAAUGGUAAUGUGCCGAAUGCAGUUUUUCAAAUAAUAGAUUCCAACAUAUUGAGUUCAGACGAAGAUCAUUUCCAUGAAAAGUUGAGUUGUUUAUGUUCCAUUAUGGAAUUGGCUUUGAAUUGCACCAUGGAAAGUCCCAAGGAGAGGAUCAACAUGAAGAAUGUUGUUGCAACAUUGAAGAAGAUCCAAAAUCAGCUUCUUGCAUAUUAUGCAUAGACCUUGUGUUAAAGAGAAAUGUUAACAAAUCUUUUAUCCUUUUGUUAGUAUUUAUCUUUGAAUAUUUUGGUUUAUAAAAGCAUUGUAGUUGAGAUUAGGAAAGCCUAUGUAAUGUAUAAACUAUUCAACAAACAUGUGCUAAAAAGGGAUUUUGAUGCUGUUGUAAGCAUAUAUCGAAGGUGUUAGCAAUCGUGUGAAAUAAUAUAAACAAUUGGAUAUUGAUGCUCA